AUGUUGACCGACAACGAGAAAUCGCUGAAGGACCAGUAUCCCCGAGAAUGGGCGAUUUUCCGGUCCAUUGACAUCAACAGCGACGGCUAUCUAUGCAUUGCAUAGAAAAGUACUUAUCGUACUAGUGCCAGCUGCAGAUGUCACUGCAUGACAAAGUUUUCUUUGCAGUGGUAAAAGGGACGAACAAAGUGGAAUUUGUAAUGCUGACUAAUUUAGAUGACCAGGUGUUGUGUCAUGCGGUAAUCCAAUUUCUACAAAUUAUGUUUAUGAUAACUACUUUUGCACAGCAUAUUACGUCUCGGAAGACGAACUCGCCCUGAUGUGCCGCCAGCUCGGGAUCCACCCGACCAUAUCCCGGGACAUCGCCCGGACACUCUUCGAGUAUCCCACGAAAAAAGUGUUACAGUUACACAUUUGUAGUGAAUUCAGCAACACAAAUUUCUCUGCAUGAGUGAGAAAACUUGUAAUGCAGAAAUCCUACGGGAAAACACCCAUAAGACGAGGACCCUACGCAUAUCCGGCAUGACAGAGCUUGUCUGUCUUGCUUGGCCUGCACCACAAUGUGUUACUGUAACACUUUUUUCUUCGAUAUCGAGGACAUGCUGAUGAGUGAAAACUACCGGUCGCGGAAAAAAUCAAAUUUGGGCAUAUGUCCUGCUCAAACGUUACAAUCUCAAACGUUGCGAAUAGAAUGUGGGUUUUGUAUUGCAUGAUGAGCAUGACAGACUCGGACAGCAUUCCACUUUUUGCAAUAUAAAUUUUGCCAGAUUGUAGUGCGGAUUGGGACUCCAGAACUUGUCAUGCGCAAUCCUGUGGGAAGAGGCUAGAUCAUGCACUCUUGCAUCACAGAUUUCCGUAUUGUAUUGUAACGUUUGAGAUUGUAACACCUGAGCAGGUUAUAGGGCACGACCGAAAUGGAAAAGGCGAAAAGCCGAACUGCUCUGACCGACGACUUGUUCGAUAACGGUAGUAGUUACGGAAUGUGCAAAAGUAUCGUUGUGCCAACCAGUGGUAGUUGCAAUUCUGCCAAUUUGUUUCUCCAACAACAAAUGGAGUUUGUCAUGCUGUCCGGGAAAGGAAAUCGAGUGUGUCAUGCACACGCUGGAGAUGAUAAGGAAAGACAUGUUCUGUCACGACGAGGCACGAUUGCUAUUGCAAUUUAAGUACGAGCUCGAUACUUUUGCUCAGGAUAGCGCUACCAGACCUGUCAACGGGGAGGGGGAAGCGAGUCCGUUGCACGGAAACCCAAUCGUGUUGAAGACGCCACAGAAGAAUAGAGGAGUGGAGGUAGAAGUUGACAGUUUCUCUAGUUUCACUUUGGUUCUUCUUCUCCAACAUCUUUCUUCAGUUUGUGAUGUUAAUAUUGGAAGUGCUUAGCCUAUACGCGUCCAAGCUCAUUUCGCAUGACAAAAGUAUCGAAGCACGACCACUCAUGGCAAAAAUCACAAAACCUCAGUCUAUCGACCUGCUGGAUAGCGACCAGUUUUCCCCGCUCCAAAGGACCAAAUCGGCACAGCUGCGCAAAGAAUUUGCCGAUUCCGGCGACCCUGGGCUGCGAUUCGAAGACAUGCUCGAGAUGUUCUCGGAAAUUUACGCCGUGAGGCGCAUGGCUCGCGAGCGGCAGUGGCGGCGGUGCGUCGGGCUGGGAGUCGCGGGAAAUGUCGCUGGGCACAUGGAGAUGGCGGGAGAAGCGCCAGCGAAGGGCGCCCAGCCGGUGGCGGUGGUGGAGAAAAAAGAGGUAUUUUUUACGUAUGAAUGUUGGGAGGUAGUUUUUCUGAUGCAAGAACUACAGCGUCUGUUGGACAUGCGCAAUUAUGUCGCUUUGCAGAUUUGUUUUUUCGUGCAUGAACUACAGAUGAGAUGUUGAACUUGAAUCACUCUCAUACAUUAACAGACCAAAGCCCCAACACCCGCGGCGAUAUUUGCCUUCUACGUUCCGGAAGCCAACGGCGAUCACAGUCCCACCAAGUUAUCCCACAAAAAUUAAACUGUUUCACUGUAACUGCAAGUAGUACGUAGGUGGAAGACUUUGCAUCACAAGUUUGCUCUACAUCAAGAGGAAAAUCUGCCAUGCGAGCUUCCUAAAGGACAACACAUUCAAAAAUGUAUUUAUCUUGCAUGUCUAGGUCUAGCAAGGCAAACACACUUCUGUGUUGCGUCGUCCUUCCUCUCCAUGGCAACUUCACAGUGAAAGAAAAUUUUUUUUCUUGCGAUACAAGUCUGCGUCGAUGUACUUGCCGAGCAAAAAGAAAAACUUAUCCCUCUCGUCCCCCAGCGCGGGCGCGGCAGUCCAAACAGUCGCGGCGAAAAUGCACGAGUAUGAUAGGAGCGCACUGCUGUCUUCCGAAGAGGAAAAGGAACUGAGUAGGAAUCAGAACAACAAAGACGAAGCACCCCCGUCCCCUCCCGCAGGAACAAGCAACGACAAAACUGCAAAAGACAUUAUGCAUUGCAAAUAUGUCUGGCUCUGGAAGAGUCCAAACUUGUCAUGCAAACUCUGGGUCUGGAUUACGCAAAAAUUUGUGUUGCAUGAAAGCCAAAAGCUGUCUACUUUUUGCUAUGCAAAUAGCAAGGUUCUCAUGCAGAAUAGGCAUCAGGAGACCUGAACAAAACUUGUAAUGCUCAUGUGCGCACUCCAGAGCAUCUGUGUGAUCCAAAAGAUGCAUGACAAACUUGCAAAAUCUUCCAGACCCAGACAAAUUUGCACUCGAUAGACAUCGCGAGGGAGCAAUCCAAUUCGAAGCUGCCGCCCGAGAAAGAGGUAAUCAGAUUACGAGAACAGUCCGCGGAUCAGGCGUCAUGUAAGGUACCAGAAAUGAUCGCCGGCAAUCCUUCCAUCCCCUAUGCCAUCGAUUUGAGGAGCAACCCGGACGGGAAUGGUGAUGACGUGCUGCUUUCUCCCUCAGGCGAGCCGCGCGGACACGCGAAAUCGAUCGCGACGAUCGAGAAAUUGCUGGAUGAGCAGCAGGUGCUAUGCAAGAACAACGCAAAAGUAUCGUUCUUCUUAGUAGUGAUAAUUGCGAUACAAAUUAGCUCAGCAUGAUGACAAAUGGAAUUUGUCAUGUUGAUUCACCUUGAGAAGGAGACUUGUCAUGCAUCGUGCCUACGAGGCGUUGGGUUACCCGGUCGGCAAAGCCGAUCCACCGAUGACGAUGAUCAUGUCUACGAUGAAGCGCGACCCUUUUGCAAUGCAUAGGCGCAGGUGAAGGACAAUUCCGUUUUGCAGCACAUCAUCGAAAGGCUGAACCGAUUUCCCGUAACCAACGCGGUGAUUGACUAUCCGAAAGAAGGGGCCAACAUCCAGGUGGAACCCGAAGUCGCGAUUUACUGCGAUAUUCUGUACAAUACCGCGGGCGAAGCGUGUCUAUGCAUUGCAAACGUGUCUGGGUCUGAAAUUGGAAUGCAAGAAGACUUCAAGGACAGCAAGGGUUUCUUGUUUUUGUGAUGCAUAGAAUAGAUACGAUUCUCCAUUUUUUUUUCUGCUGCGAAACUCAUAUUACCACGAAUGAAUCUGCAACAAGAAACCUCGCCGCAAAACUUCUCAUGCUGUUCCGCCUUGGUGCAAGCGGCUCCACUACUCUGCGAUUUUUAUUCGAGUAGUCGCAACACAAGUAUAAUCCAGUAGACCCAAACAGUAUAUUGGCAAGGCAUAGUUUUUGAGGAACGACGAAAGGGCCCUGGACGAGGACGAGGACGAUCUGGAGGAUAGCUUGAACAACGGAAUUAAGGAACUCUCAAUAGUUACAUUCUGAAUUGUUGCAUUGACAUGAUGAACAUGAAGCUACUUCGCUUGACAAAUUGAUUCGCCGAGGAGGGCAAACAGCAUGGAGACCUGUGGUAAAAUUGCGAUGCGAGUGGAGGUAAAAGCUGCUCCCCGCUUUAUUUACUUUUGCUAUUCUUGUAUCACAAACUACUCAUGUAACAGUUGAGAGCGCUAACGUUUGAGAAAACUCCAUAGGAAAGUUUGGUGGAUUGUUAAAAUCCAUGAAGUCCGAGUCUUCGUCGAUCAACUUCAAGCUCGACGGCGAGGGGAACCCACGGCCGCCCAGGCAGGUCUUGGUGGAGAAGUUAAUCCCACGGAAAAUCGCCGCUUUCAACGACUUAUGCAAUGCAAAAGUAUCGCACUCGUAGUAAUUGCAGUUAUGUAUUAAUACGUCAAUCAGCACUACAAAUUCCAUUUCUUACACUGAGGAAAUUUGUAAUGCAAUUGCUAUAUAUUAUAUUCAUGCGAAAAAAGAGGUAGACAGAGGGUAAACAAGAGGUGGCCGAGAGGUCAAAAAGAGGUCGACAGAGGUGGAAAGGUGGCGCGGGACCCCAUUCGAGAGGGUCGGCGAGAGGGUGCGCGAGUAUAGCCCGCCGAAGCGCUCACCCUAAAGCGCCGCCUAAGUGCCUGAGAGGGUGCAGAGAGGUCAAAAAGAGGGGGCGCGAGAGGUCGACAGAGGUGGAGAGAGGUGGCGCGAAUAAGGGGCGACCUCUCGCGGACCCUCUUGGCCACCUCUCGGCCACCUCUGUCGACCUCUACCCGCGAGCAUAGCCGGAUUAUUAGCGGGGACCCCCAAAAGAGGCCAAAGAGAGGGUCUGCGGAAGGUCUGCGAGAGGGUAAAAGCACACCCAAGCGGACGCGAAUCCGCAUGGCAGUCCCCAUAUUUGGCAUUGCAGGCCAUUCGCGAACUUGUCUGGUUCGGCGCCUUUCCGCGCCACCCUCACUCUCGCGCACCCUCUCGCGCCACCCUCUCGCGCACCCUCUCGCGCCACCCUCUCGCGCCACCCUCUCGCGCCACCCUCUUGCGCCACCCUCUCGCGCAACCCUCUCGCGCCACCCUCCCGCGCCACCCUCUCGCGCUACCCACCCUCUCGCGCUACCCUCUCGCGCCGGGCGGCUUCUGUUCGCCCCCGGUGUUCUUUUCAGCUGCUCCCUGCGCAGAGCGCCCACAGGCGCGGGAAGCGCGCAAGUGGUCCUGCGGGUUGGCGCGGCGCAAACUCCACUAUGUUUCGUUGUGCAGGACUCCAGUAUGUUCCGUUGUGCACAGGCCCGUGGCGUUGUGGUCCGAUCGGCAAACUGUCUUGCCCCGGCCCAACAGCCUUGCGCUCCGGCGGCAGCCGGAGCAUGGCUGGUUCGUACUAGUGCGAUGCUUUUGCAAUUCAUACGACUGCUCAAUCCGACAGCUGCGGAACAGUGAGAAACUCAGCGAGAAGAAAAACUGGGGACACGGCAGCAAAGGUACUUGUAAUUAUACAAAUGCAUUGAUUUUUCUUCACGACGAUGAGAAAUUUGUUCUGAAGAUCAUGCACCGCUUUGUUCUUAUGUAGGAGCUAGAGGUCGUAGUGCGCUGGACCACAUGUCGAGAAAUCAUUUUGUCCUCGCAUCAGUGUCGAUGAAAUAAGUAAAUGCGGCGCAGCGACAUAUCUACGUCAUUACUUACGUUAUACCCAGGUAUAUCGCUGAACGCGUUUCCCUUGCAGAAUCCGAAGAAAGAUUUUUCCCCGCACGGCCUGGCGGGGAGACUCGUGUUGGCGAGCUAUGUGAAACGAGGGGAGGAAAUUCACGCGUACACAAAAGCCGCGCCGGCGAGGAACUACCUGAUGUUUUACCAGCCUCUGCUGAAGUGGAUCACAGAGCAAAUGAAUUACCAGCAGAGCAAGGAUAAGUGGGAGGUAUCUAGAUUAUAGGUAGAAGCAGCUCAUCAUCGUACUAGUACAACUACAUUUUCAUCUUUCCGGUUUGCGGCGCUUCCGUCAUGCGCAUGUCAUGUCUCCACCUGAGGCUGUAAUUAUAACUCUUUGCAGAUCUACUUACGACUCGUGGUGGCCUGGUGAAGAUGCUGAUGGCAUUUCAAAUCCACACCCCCCGAAUGUCAACAGAACAAAAUGCUGGAAUUUGCUUGAAGCUGCUGUAUCGCAUGACAAAUUAUUCUCUCAAACAAAAACAGGACAUCAACGAGCUGCUCGAAGCUUGCGAUUACCCGAUGUCGUGCUGGAUCGCAUUGGGCGCGGGGGAGUACACGGACUGGGGCAUGAAGCAUUUUAUGCAGCCAAAGGACGAAACGGUUGUGGUGAUCUACGACGAGAUAUCCUGUGCAAAAGUAUCGUACUCGUAGCAAUUGCAUUUAUGCAUUGCAAAUCUCCUUCUCAAGAUAAAUCAGCAUUACAAAUUUAGAUUUGUAAUGCUGCGCUAAAUGCAAUUUAUGCUAGUACGAUGCUCUUGCACUGCAUACGAGAGCGUCUUUCCAAAAGGCCCGGACUUCGAAGAAAUCAAGUCUCUCUUCAACGUAUCAAAUGUAAAAAUGUCUGGGUCUGGAAGAUUCUGAGACUUGUCAUGCAUGUUUUGCAUGACUCAGGAUGUCUGUAAUGCACGGCCUAGCAUCACAGAUUUUUAGAGGGCCUCCUGAUGCCUACUCCGCAUGACAAACGCCCUACCUCCGCACUAGUAGGUGGAAACAGGGUUGCUAAGUUAAAGACUGCGCUAAGGCAGCGCCCCCCUUCCCCAAGGGGCCCCCCCGGGGCGGGCGCGGUGGCGGCUCUGCUAACGCGGAGCUUCAAAGUCCGACUCUACCUAUGCGCAUAAAAAGGGCACGCGGAAGCAGGUCGGUAAAGUGCUUGAAAGGGGCAUGCUUUGGGGUUGCCCGUCAUCGUGAUAGGGUCAACGUGUGUGACCAAUAGACCCCCUGUAUAUCAUAGCGCGCAACCGACCACAAAAGCAGUAGCGUUUAACGUUUGUAAGAAUAACCCCGCAAGGCAACACUGGAGCUCCACCUUGCUCGCGGGCUUGGAUGGUAAAUCAGGUCAGCCACAUCUAACGCCCACUGGCCGUAUACACGCGUAAGAAAUCGGAAACGGUUCAGCGGAUGCGGUCGGGUGGUAUCUGUAGGACGUGGAACGGGUGUCCACCUAGGGGUAUUGGCAGAGGCUAAAUCUGUUCUAACGCCACGGUAUUGGCAGAGGCUAAAUCUGUUCUAACGCCACCCUGACAGGAGUCAAAUGUCAAAACGAAACGAAACGCGUAGCACAGAGUCGACUCCUCUUGCUGGUCAUGCAAUACAGAUUUUUUUAGAGUCCAAAGGUAGCAUCACAAGUUCCAACCUUCCAGACCCAGACACUUUUGCAUUUGAUACAACGACCACGGACACGCUAUCCUAAGUAAAAACGUGCUCCCCGCCACCCGAAAGUCGAUUUCACGAUGGAAAGAACUAUGCUUACACAAUAAAGCAACAAGUAGUACGUUUAUUUCUGUGUGGGGCGCAUGACCAGUUUGUGCAAAAAUCCUGUUCAGCUAGCGCAGCCGCAUUGGAGGAAGUUGGUCACCUUAUCCUGACUUUUGCAUGGUAAACUCCACCGAGAAUGAGUUAGAAGCUGCUCCCUGAUAUGGGUCUACGUUUGAGAAUGGGGCUGAGCCUGAGAGCUUGCAGAGAUAUUGCACGACAAAUCUGGCGACGUGGGCGCGUUUUUACACUGGAUACAGAUCGAGGUGAAUGGGUUAGUCGCGCUGCACCAGACCUUCGUUUUAGAAGCGUGAUAGUACUUGCAAAGUUCGUACAUUUCGCCUUUGUUUUCAGGGAGCAGCAGGAGCACAACAACUACAAAAGGACGUAGUUGUACCCUGAAGACUGGCGAUGAGUGCGUGUGCGAGUGGUUAUUGUACUAAAAGACAAAUGCUAUACCUAUACAUGUCGACCACCACCUGUAAGAUUGAAGUUGCAAUAUGGAUCGAUACGCAUAGAAGAAGUAGUAAGUAAGUACUACGAAGAAGCUCUUUUGAUGUUGUCAGAUUUGUCACAAGGUCGCGUCAACAUCCUGAACCUUAUCCGCUGUACUGAUAAGUAAUUUUCUUGCAACUCGUUCCUCAAACUUUUUCAAAAAUGCUUCCCGACCCUGUACUAGGUAGAUUUGUGUCGAUGU